CUGUCUCUCUAGAAAAUCUUUCAGUCAUCAGUUAGAUCUUCAAAUCUCUGAAUCUCAUCAUCUGGGUGUUGUUUUCUUCUUAAUUUUCCCUCUUUUUCUCUCGUCAAAUUUACGCCUUUGGCUCUGAUUUUUUCAUACAAAUUCCCAUACAUCAUUGUGGUUGUUGAGAUUAUUUCAGAGGUUUUAUUCUUUGAGUUUUCGGUUUUGCUUGUGCUUUCUGAUCUUUUUUUGUGGAGAUUCUUGGUUAAUCAUUGUUUCAGAACAUGGAUCUUUCUUAAUCUUGAUUUGCACUUAAGUGUUUUUCUUUCCUAAGUGUGAUUUAGUGUGAUUUUACUUAGUGAAUUUCAUUUAUUACCCUGUUUGGUUGCCUAGAAAAUGGAAAUAAAAGAAAGGAACCUCAGUCCCGUUCCAACUAUCUGCCUGGGUUGUUAUUUUGUUUGUAUAUUGUUGGCUUUGAUUGCAUGCGACAGGCACAAAUUCAUGAUCUUUGAUGUUGAAUUAAGCAAUAAGAUUCUUUGUAUAGGAACUCAUUCAAGUGCAUCAAGCUGUCAAUACAUGAAAUUCUAUUACAUUUUUUAUGGUUUCAUGUAUUUAAAAGAUACCCUAGCAGUAGAAACUUACAUUUUUGAGGUUUGAGAUUAUUUUUACACUGGCUCUAUCCUCUAUGGCAACCUUCUAUGAAAACCCAAAAAGAAUUCUUACCUUUUAUGAAAGUUCUGGGAAGCCCCUGCAUGUAUAACUUGUUUGCCAUUAAAAUUCAUCUGCAGGUUAUUAUGAUGCCUCGGUUCAUGCUUGGUCAUUUCUCAAUGUUUUUUUAAAGCCCACGAAUAUCCCUGGAGUUGGAGAGUGAAAUUGCUAGUCAUAUUAAAAGAGUGUUUAUAAUAUUAUGUAGUCAUGUUAAAACACCCAACAGAUAACUAAUAGAACUGGAAUUCAAAGAAGGAUUAACAGAUGAUCCAUGGACUUACUUGGCUUGGUCCCAGUUUAUAGGCAUUAAAGCAAUCUAUAACUAGUUGGAAAGGGAAGAAAGCCUAGCUACUAGCAACAUCCUGGGACUAAUGGAAACUAGGAUAGGAGCUGUAAAUCUAUAGAAGAUAGAAGCUAGAAAGGAAGGGAAUCUAGUAAUUGGUAGCUAGACUACAUGAGGGAUAAAGAUAAAAGAAAGAAGGAUAACUACUAGCAUCUGAAAUAUUGAAUACUGGUGGUUGUUUGGUUCUAAGCUUUUAAAUGGUUGUUACCUGCGAGUUGUUACAGAAAUGGUUCUAUAUGGAGCUGCUCCCCUAAGAGGAAGUGAAGCUGCUGCUUCUAGCCUGCGUAGGAGGAGGACAACUGGUGGGGCAGCUGCAGGAGGAGCAAGUGGGAAUAUGCUGCAGUUUUACACUGAUGAUGCCCCGGGACUCAAGAUUUCCCCCAAUGUCGUUCUUAUCAUGAGUAUUGGUUUCAUAGCCUUUGUUGCUAUUCUCCAUGUCAUGGGUAAGCUGUACUUUGUGUGGAGAGAGGCUUAAAAAGGUACAACAAUGGAAAUCUCAGUUCAGAGUCAAUUUUGAAUGAAUUGUUACUUAAUAGGUAAUGAAAUAUGAAUUUUGGAUUUAGUUCUCUUCUUCUGGCUUACAUGUGUGUGAAAGUCUCUAAGAAAAGCAGUCAAUUUUUUAUCCUAGUUAAUAAAAGGUAGUGGCAAGUUGGAAUUGUAUGAAAUGAUUCUUGCUCCAACUCCUAAAACCAAUGAGAUUUGAGAUUUUGCUAUUGUUUUGAUUAUAAAUGUUAUCAAGGAGUUUGGUAUGAGUUAUGAGUAAUGUGCCAUUAUUGGUGAGGAGAUGAUGACCCGCUCCCUCCCAUGACUUUAAAAGUCAUGUACACAUUAAGAGGUCCCAAUCAUAUCAUGUAGGUAUUAACCAUGACUGUUAGGGCCUCUGUCAUGGCUAUAGGAGGAGUCCAUUCCUACUUUGUAGAUAUGAACUGUGACCGUUAGAGCCUCUGUCACAUGGGGUUGUGGGGCCGGGGAUUGUAAUGAAUUGUCCUGCUUGCGUGGGAAUGUAAUGGUACUCCCUCCUCAUGGCUUUAAAAGUUGGCCCCACUCCUAUCGUGUAGAGAUUAACCAUGACCAUUAAGAUCACUGUCAUGGUUAAGAGAAGCUUAUCAUGUAUAUGGUGUCAGAAACUUCUUUUCUUGACCAAUGUAGGAUCUCACAAGGUAAAGUUGGAAGAGCAUCUAUGCUUUAUGGGAUAUUGCGAAUGCACAUGGAAGGGAGGAUUUGGAGGGGGCUACAUCAAUUGUACCAUUGCUGUUGAAAUGAAAGGAUCUAUGCGUUUAUGUUACAUGGAUUGAUCUUUCUUAGGUUCA